GCAAAUACUUAUAAUUGGCAACCAAUUUGUGGUGGCUCUCUUUUCCUCUACUUUUCAUAUUUAUUUGUAAUAGGAGAACAAAAGUUGCUGUAAGAACUUCAAAGUGGGUCUUCUAAUAUCUUCGCCAUGGGCUAUGUGACCUCCUUUAUCGUGUUACUGCUCUUAUCAACCUGGUGUGCGGAGGCUAGUCUCGGAGAAGACUCUACAUCUGAUGCACCAUCUGUGUGGCAAUACGUUGUAAUUGCGCUUUCCCUGGCAUUUGCAUUCAUGACAGUCAUGGUGUGCUUGCAAGUCGCAAGGUUAAGGCGGAGAAGCGAAUUAGUGGAGCAAGGCAUGCGCCCCGUAAUUCAUGUUACGAGGUCCGGUGCAAGGGUCUAUGCCCCUCUCCCUAUACUCAGCGAUGAUGAACUCGAGCAGAUAGCAAUUGUAGAUUAUAGUGAAGAAAACUUGGAAGAACAAAGUUGCUCCAUUUGUCUCGAUCUUUUCCGACCAAAAACCAAGGUUCGCUUGUUACCAUGUCGACAUGCUUUUCACCCGAUUUGCAUAGAGUGUCCAAUGUGCAAACAGUCUUGUGUCGAUCAUCUUCGUCAAAAAGGUCUCGCCGACCAUUUACAAACUAUACGUAACACUCUUGAGCCACUUGCAAGCGACUCUAGGACAGACGCUACCACUAAUGCUACCACCGAACCGCCCUAAUCAUUAACUACUAUUCAUGUUACUCUCCUCCAAAAUGCUAUAUUGUAUUCUAUAUUUUUAAUCAAAGUUUUUUUUAAAAAAAUAAAAUUGUAAAGAUUAUAAGUUUA